AUGUUUACGGGAUUGCCACGACCUAAAGUCGCGUUUGCAAAAUCGCAGAUUUGGAAUCAGGUUUUCACGCCUGCGGAGUUCGGGCGACCCCUAAAAAUCGCAGCGGAGCCCGUAGAAAUCAGGCAGCGUCCGGUUUAUGGCAUCACCUCGUUUCUUUUUGUCAUUUCUUCAAUCGCCGGCUUCUGUCUGGAAACGAUACCGGAGCUGAGACCGAAAGUCGUGCGAAAUGUCACUUCCAGUUGUGACGGGAAGACGACCAACAACAUCGCCGUCAUCAUGGCGUCACAUGAAGCCCUCAGCGUUCUGGACAUCAUCUGCACAGUGUUCUUCACCCUGGAACUCAUCGCUAGAUUCACAUUUGCUCCAAACAAGAUGAGGUUCGUCAAAUCCAUCAUGAACAUCAUAGACCUCCUAGCGCUGGUUCCUAUGUACGUCCAGGUGAUCUUCGAACAAUCCUCGCUCCAGGCUUGUUACCUCAACGAACGGCUGGUGAUAGAAAUUCUCUUCAUUUUACGGAUAAUUCGCAUGUUUCGAGUCUUCCACCUCGUCAAGCAUUAUCAGGCCCUCAAGGUUCUCGUCUACUCGCUAAAGGCCAGUUUACACGAGCUGCUCAUGUUGCUGAUAUUCUUGAUGAUCGGAAUGCUGGUGUUCGCUACAAUGAUAUACUACACGGAACGCAAAGACGCUGUCAACCCUAGCGACACGUUCAACACAAUACCAGUCGGGUUCUGGUGGGCCAUCAUCACCAUGACGACCGUGGGUUACGGAGAUAAGUAUCCCUCGACUCCGGUUGGCUACGUCGUGGGAACAGCAUGCGCAGUGUGCGGUGUGCUGCUUCUAGCGCUGACGUUUCCUGUGAUCUCCAACAACUUCACUUUGUUUUACCACCACGUCAGGUCUCGCUCCUCUCUGCUUCGAAACAAAAAUACUAUUUUCAACCCAGACUUGCCAUCCAACGAGAAGGAAGACUCGGAGAUAAUACCUCAGAAAGAAUCGAGCGAUCAUGUGAUCGAGGAAGGCGUCAAAAACAGUUCUUCAGAUCUCAGAAACAGGAAAGAUGCCAACUCGAGACGAGACUCGAAACAGAGCAAAGAAUUCGAAACAGUGGUUAAAUUUUCCGAAACAACGUCACUUACUGACGCCAUACUGGUCAAAGAUGAAUCAGAUACCAUUAUCAGCACUGAAAUCGAACACUUCCGGGAGCUGCAAGACGGGUACGAGUCGUCAGAUGAACUGCCUGUUUUGUUUUCCCCAAGUACCCACAUCAUCACCAUUAAGAGAAUCUGCAAGCCAAUCUCCUUUGCCAAAUAUCUCAACACCAAGCCCGACUCUCACCCUGAACAGGGUUAA